CCUCUCCCUCUCACUCCCCCCACCUCAGACACUCAUCCACAAGCUCCACUUGUUGGCAAGGCUGGUCUGGUCACUCUCUUGCAGCUGCAAGAGCAAGCCAAGAAGCACACCAAGCUAAGCUAAGGUAGAGCUAGCGUCCAUGGGGAAGGACGACGUGAUCGAGAGCGGUGCCGGCGGCGAGUUCGCGGCCAAGGACUACACGGACCCGCCUCCGGCGCCGCUGGUCGACGCGGCGGAGCUGGGGUCGUGGUCGCUGUACCGCGCCGUCAUCGCCGAGUUCAUCGCCACGCUGCUGUUCCUCUACAUCACGGUGGCCACCGUCAUCGGGUACAAGCACCAGACUGACGCGACGGCCCCCGACGCGGCGUGCGGCGGCGUGGGCAUCCUCGGCAUCGCGUGGGCGUUCGGCGGCAUGAUCUUUGUUCUCGUCUACUGCACCGCCGGCAUCUCGGGCGGGCACAUCAACCCAGCGGUAACGUUCGGCCUGUUCCUGGCGCGCAAGGUCUCCCUGGUCCGCGCGGUCCUGUACAUCAUCGCGCAGUGCCUCGGCGCCAUGUGCGGCGUCGGGCUCGUCAAGGCCUUCCAGAGCGCCUACUUCGUGAGGUACGGCGGCGGCGCCAACGAGCUUGCCUCCGGCUACUCCAAGGGCACCGGGCUCGCCGCCGAGAUCAUCGGCACCUUCGUGCUCGUGUACACCGUCUUCUCCGCCACCGACCCCAAGCGCAACGCCCGCGACUCCCACGUUCCGGUCUUGGCGCCCCUUCCAAUCGGCUUCGCCGUGUUCAUGGUCCACUUGGCCACCAUCCCCAUCACCGGCACCGGCAUCAACCCGGCCAGGAGCCUGGGUGCAGCCGUCAUCUACAACAAGCACAAGGCCUGGCAUGACCAGUGGAUCUUCUGGGUCGGUCCCCUCGUCGGCGCUACGAUCGCGGCGUUCUACCACCAGUACAUCCUCCGGGCCGGCGCCAUCAAGGCCCUCGGCUCCUUCAGGAGCAACGCAUAAGCUCUGUCUCGUGUUUGCAAAAAUCAAGAGUGUUGAAGCAAUGGCGACUUUUGUCAAGGGAGAAUAAGUUCCAUUCUAUCACUCGAGUUCUGCAGCUGGUCGUUUAGGCUUCCUGUAAUCAUGUCACUGUAAUCUGUCAAGGGGAUUUCAUCUACUCUAGUGCCUGUAUUUCUAUUUAAUUAUGUUGUAGCGACGAUCAUCGAUCUGUGGAGUGAUUCAGUCCUAAGCAUUUGCUCU